AUGAGUGGGACAAAAGAUAAUGUAAACAUAGAAGAACAAAACUGUGAUUGCUACGCGGAUUCACACACGAGGAAGGCGUGCCCUCCGACGCGGAACGUGACGCACCCUCUGCGGUACUAUGAGUUCACCCAGGAGGAGAUGAAAGCGCUGGAAGAAUGCGACAGAGAGAGCUUCUACACGCGCUGCUUGCCGUUCAGCGCAGUUCUGGCUACUUUGACGUACUCUGCUAUAAAGAAUGAUUUCCUGCGCCCCAACCAACACUUUGGCGUCGUACCUAAAAUGGCGGCGGCAAUGUUCUCGGGCUACGUGCUCGGGCGGCUCUCAUACAUAAGCCACUGCGACGAGAAGCUGCGGCAGCUGCCGCCGUCGAGCCACCUCGGCAACAUCAUGAGAAAGUACUACGCCGACAACAUCGCCUACAACACUCCGAAGGAACCAAAAAAAUGA